GGGCCCCUGGCGGAGGGGGGAGCGGGUAGGGUGGCGUCUCUGGGGACUUAACCUCCUACCCUCAGUUACAUGACGCCACCCCCUCCCACCAAAGACUGCGAAGGCGCCUCCAUUUUUGUUUUGGGGCGGAAGGGCAGGGGCUCGCGGACAGUAGCAGGGGUCGCAGGAAACAGUGGUUAUCACCUGGGAGAGGAAAGCGGGUGCCCCCCUCUCGCCCGCCCUCUCCUUCAGUCUGCGCCCCUUGCAGUCCCCCCGGGCUCCUCAGGGUCCCUCCCCUUGUUGCUAAGGCCCGGACCGUCAUCCCAGCAACAGCCUCAGUCAUGUGACCGGCAAUGGCGGCGCUGACAAGAGGUAGGUGAGCCCGUCGCCCCCCACACCCACCGCGCGCCCCGCGGCCCUGCGUGCGGCCGCCUUGCGCCCCCGGCUCCCCUUGCGCCCCCUCCUCGGCUUCUUCCCCUUGCGCGCGGCGCCUAGGAUCCCGCUUCGGGCCCCGCCGAUCAUCAUCUAGCACCCUCCAGCCUUGGCCUCCAUUUGGGGGUUCCGAGGGCCGCGAUCUGGCCGACACGCACCCCUACCCAGCGGUGGGGCUCCGGGGGCUUCGGCGAGUGGGGGAUAAGGGGAGUUGGUUCCGGGUCGAGUCUCGGAGGAGGUCGUGGGGGAGGGGGAGGGGCCUCCGUGGAUGUCCCCAGGGACCCUUGCCCUUCCAGGCUGUCCCCACCGCCGGCCUCUGUCUGAGAGGGAGGGACUGGCCGCGGCCGGCCGGGUUGCCCCAGAGGACUCUCGGACUCAGUCUAAACUGUGGCCCCGCCUCCCUCUGUCUGCCAGCAGGACUAGGAGCUAGACAUCUAGGUCCUGGGUUCCCUCUGAAGGGGCGGCGGCGGGGGGUGGGGCGGGGAGUGUUCCACCGUGGACAGACGCUAUCGGCUGAGGCUACGGGGUUCCAUUUUCACUUUUCGAACCUCUAGGUGCAUCUGGCCUUGAGGGGACCAUGAUGGAGGCGUGAAGGUACAGCUGUUCCUUUUUGGAUCAGUCAAGAAAUUGAGGUCACACUACUGGCCCCCUCUUUCUGUUUGAGCUGCAGUUGGAGGUGUUGUGGGGACAGCACUGUAGCUGAAUGUGACCAGACUCCGGGGAAGCAUCAGGCCCUUCCAGCUGAACCCCUGAGUGAGCCCCGCCUCUUCCUAAAUGCCAGACUAGGGAGCUGACAGCGCUGCGGGUGCAGGUUGAAAAGUCCUGGUAAGCUGAGUGUGGAGAUAGAGGAUUCCUGCUGCCACAGUCUUCCAUGGGCUUUACAGGUUGCACAACCUACAAGUAGGAAGCAGGGAAAGAGAGAGAGAGCCUGCAUGCCAAUUCUAAGCUCUUCAGGAUCAAAUGUCGUUCGUCCUGUCCAGAAUGGCAGCCUGUGGAGGCACCUGCAAGAACAAAGUGACUGUCUCCAAGCCUGUGUGGGACUUCCUGAGCAAGGAGACCCCAGCCCGGCUGGCCCGGCUUCGGGAGGAGCAUCGUGUGUCCAUCCUCAUCGACGGCGAAACUUCUGACAUCUACGUGCUGCAGCUUUCCCCACAGGGUCCUCCCCCGGCCCCUCCCAAUGGGCUCUACCUGGCCCGGAAGGCUCUCAAGGGGCUGCUAAAGGAGGCAGAGAAAGAGCUGAAGAAAGCUCAGAGGCAGGGGGAGCUUAUGGGUUGCCUGGCCUUGGGGGGCGGAGGGGAGCACCCCGAGUUGCACCGCCCAGGCCCACCCCCUCUCCGUGCAACCCCCCUCUUGCCCCCAGGGGCACGGGGGCUCCCCCCUCCUCCUCCUCCCUUGCCCCCUCCUCUUCCUCCCCGCCUUCGGGAUGAGGCAGAAGAGCAGGAGAGCACCUGCCCCAUCUGUCUGGGGGAGAUCCAGAAUGCCAAGACAUUGGAGAAGUGCCGGCAUUCAUUCUGUGAGGGCUGCAUCACCCGGGCCCUGCAGGUGAAAAAGGCCUGCCCCAUGUGUGGCCGCUUCUAUGGGCAGCUGGUGGGCAACCAGCCCCAAAAUGGGCGGAUGCUGGUCUCUAAGGACGCCACCCUCCUGCUGCCCAGCUAUGAGAAAUACGGCACUAUUGUCAUCCAGUACGUCUUCCCGCCCGGUGUUCAGGGGGCCGAACACCCAAACCCAGGAGUUCGGUAUCCUGGCACCACAAGGGUGGCCUACCUCCCGGACUGCCCUGAGGGCAACAAGGUGCUGACUCUGUUCCGAAAGGCAUUUGACCAGCGUCUCACCUUCACUAUUGGCACGUCCAUGACCACAGGGAGACCGAAUGUCAUCACCUGGAACGACAUCCACCACAAGACCAGCUGCACAGGGGGACCCCAGCUGUUUGGGUACCCGGACCCCACCUACUUGACCCGGGUGCAAGAGGAGCUGAGAGCCAAGGGUAUCACAGAUGACUGAAAGACAUCCCCUUUGACAAGGCCCCUGCCGUCCUCUUCUUCUAGGACCCAAUGGAAGCCUCUGUUCUCCUCUCUGCCCCCUGCCCCCCAUGCCACACAAGUAGGGGACCUGUCUGACUGGGGAGGGAGUUCAGAGUGGGAGGGGGCAAUCCCUUCCCCUGUCCCCCACUGGCCAAGUUUUACAGUGCAGUGUGAGCCACACCCUCCGGGCAUAGGCUGAUCUCUAAGGCUCUGCUCCCCAAUCCCCUGUGUACAUAACUCCCGGUUUCCCUGACCCCUCCAAUGCCCUUGGCUUUUUCUGGUAUGUGCUGUGCUCCAGUUACUAAGCUGAGAAAGGACCUGGGUGGAGAGGGGAGGGUCUCUUGAACCACCCCACCCACCCUGCCCCUACCCCACCUACUGAUCCACUGCUGAGCCCCACUGCUGAACUUGGGUGCAGGGAAGGAGGAACUGGGCUAAGUGAGCCCUCCCCACACCAAUGGAGCCAGCUGUGCUUGUUCAUCAGAUAGAAUUCUCUUACCUUAACCUUGUCCUUUCUCUCCUGUGUCUCAGUCUCUGUCAGUCUGUCUAUUUCCUGCUCUUCUCAGCCCCCCUAUAAGGAGCCUCCUUACCCUGUUCUGGAAUCGCCACCAGACUGUAGCUUUUAAUUUAAUAAAAAUAAAGUAAAAUAUGCAACUCUUU